AUGGCCAGUACACUAUCAUUUAUUACAAGUAAUAAAGGUAAACCAUUAUUAAUUCGUGAUAAUUACAUUUAUUAUGUUGGAUGCAUUUAUAAAAAUAGUAAUCAUUCACAUUUACAAUCACCUGAAGAAAUUGAAGUGCGUACAUUUAAACAAAAUAUAAAACGUAGAGUUAUAAAUGAAACAACAGCAAUAACUAAAAUUUAUGAUGACGAACUUGCUCGCCAACCAAUGUCACAAACAGCCGCUGCUAUUAUUCCAUCAUCAUAUGAAGCAAAUUCAGGUUUAAAUCGUGCACGAAGAAAAAUGACACCAAUAUUACCAAAGUCAUAUGUAUUUGAUAUACCAGCGCAAUAUCAAGUUACACUUGGUGACGAAC